CGAUGAUCAGCGUACGCGUAUGCCAAUUCGAGCCAGGUUUGAGAAUUGUUUGUCCGGGUCAGCCCUCAGUAUAUAAGACGACACUGUCCGCGAAAGAAGGCUUUCUCGAGAGCAGAAGACAAGACAAAGACUAGAAACUAGAAAGCAAAGCGGUAAAAGCUCUCCAAAACAAAAAACAAAGUCUAUAAAACUGAAUUCCAAAAACUGGACAUCAAAAAACAAAGCGAAAAAAGAAAACAAAGAAAUGGAAGAAGAUAACAGUAAUGGUGGAAAUGGCGGCAGCAGCGGUAAUUUAGAAACAUCGAAGGCUGAUAAAGCUGUUUGGCUAAUGAAGUGUCCAGUAGUGGUAGCCAAGUCAUGGAAAAGUCAUCAUACCUCUUCUUCAGAAUCCGCUCCGAUCGCUAAAGUGGUUCUCUCCCUCGAUCCUCUCCAAUCUGACGAUCCCUCUGCUCUUCAGUUCACUAUGGAGAUGGCUCGCACUGAGACUGGGAAUGUGCCGAAGAGUUAUUCUUUGAAUAUGUUUAAGGACUUUGUUCCAAUGGGUGUCUUUUCGGAGACACCUCAAGGGAGGGUUUCCGUGGAAGGAAAAGUGGAACAUAAAUUUGACAUGAAGCCUCACGAGGAAAACAUUGAGGAAUAUAGUAAAUUAUGCCGCGACAGGACAAAAAAGUCUAUGAUCAAGAAUAGGCAGAUAAGGGUGAUUGAUAAUGACCGGGGGGUGCACAUGAGGCCCAUGCCUGGAAUGGUUGGCUUGAUUUCAUCUACCUCCAAGGAUAAGAAGAGAACACAACCAGUUAAACAAUCAGAUGUGAAGAGAACCAGGAGGGAUCGUGGUGAAUUGGAGGAUAUCAUGUUCAAGUUAUUUGAAAGGCAACCAAAUUGGGCCUUAAAGCAGCUUGUUCAAGAAACAGAUCAACCUGCGCAAUUCUUGAAAGAGAUACUGAAUGAGCUUUGUGUGUAUAAUAAGCGGGGAACAAACCAAGGAACUUAUGAGCUAAAACCAGAAUAUAAGAAAACUGCUGAGGAUACAGAUAUAAGCUAGUAGCAAACCAUUAAGGGAGGAAACGAAACAAAAAAUGGGAAAAGAAAUAAGUUGGGCAGGAAGGUGGGAAUGUCUUACUUGGAAGCACUGGGGCUUCAGAAUAUGCUUAUGGUGCUUCAAUUUCAUGAUUGUGAAAUUCAAUAGGCGGAGACUAUAGGGACAAUUUAUCGGGUUGGUUAAUAUAACCCUUCACAGUGGUCCAUGGUUUCAUAAUCGUUCCUUAAGUAACAUAAAAAAAUUGAUUUGGUUGGUGUGUAUGUUGAAAUAAAACGUUUGCAUGCGGCAUGAAUUGUUUACAAUAGUGCUGGACUGCUUAUUCAUCUCUUUAGCAAUUGAAGAAGCAUAAUUUGUUGUUGAGAGCUU